GGCGCCGCCCAGCGCUCGCCUCGUGGCGGCUCCCUCGCUGCUGCUGCUGCUCCUGCCGCCUAUUUUAGUCACAGCCCGGGCUGCCCAGAGGUAGACGCUGCGGCGCUGCCAGAGCGAAGGCGGGCGAAGUUGGAAGCAAGGAGAGCCGCGGAGAUCAGUACUAUUAUGGAUCCAAGCAAAAUGUGUCAUAAGAACAGACCUGGAAAAGUACAGACUUCUGAGAAGCCCGUUUUUUAAAAAUCAAUGAACAAUUUAUUACUAUAGGUUUUCAACUCAGGCUAUGCGUGACAUUAUGAUAGUAAGCAUAACAGCGAAGGCAACAUUGGGAAAAUGAUGGAGCCCUUUUCUGUUUGAACUUUAUUUAUACAAGAAAGAUUUUGACGAUCACAGAGAUGGAUGAUCAAUCUAACAUUGAAGCUGCAGGAGACAACACAAGCUUUUGGGACAGCUUGAUAUUUGCACACCCUGUCUGUGUAAACUGGAAGUCAGAAGCAGAAGGAUCUAUCUAUCACUUAGCAAGCAUUUUGUUUGUUAUUGGCUACAUGGGUGGAAGUGGGUUUUUUGGUUUGCUCUAUAUCUACUUUUUACUUGGACUGGGUUUUCUCUGCUCAUCUGUCUGGUCUUGGCUAGAUGUCUGUGCAGCUGAUAUUUUUUCCUGGAAUUUCAUCUUGUUUGUGGUAUGCUUCAUACAGUUUAUUUAUGUAACCUACCAAGUCCGGAGUGUGGCCUUUGACCAAGAAUUCCAGGAGCUCUACAGUGCUCUGUUCCAGCCUCUAGGAAUAUCACUGACUGUUUUCAGGAAGAUUGUCUUGUGCUGUGAUGAAGAGGUCAUUACACUGGAGAAAGAGCACUGUUACGCCAUGCAAGGCAAAACACCCAUUGAUAAACUUUCUUUGCUUCUGUCAGGAAGGAUCAGAGUGACAGUGGAUGGGGAAUUUCUGCAUUACAUUUUCCCACUUCAUUUUCUGGAUUCACCUGAAUGGGAUUCAUUGAGACCCACAGAAGAAGGCAUUUUUCAGGUAACUCUCACAGCAGAAACAGACUGUCGAUACAUAACCUGGAGGAGAAAAAAGUUGUAUUUACUCUUUGCUAAACACCGAUUCAUUGCACGUCUCUUUUCAAUUCUCAUUGGGAAUGACAUUGCUGAAAAGCUUUAUGCUUUGAACGACAGAGUGAUUCUGAGCAAAGGAUUUCGAUAUGACAUCCGUUUACCAAAUUUCUAUCAUAUAUCAGCACCAGGUACACCUAAAAUACAACCUGGAGGCCAGUUACAGAACAAUUCAAGGCAAAUUGGCUUUCCCCCCACCGCAUUAAGAACCAGCAGUUUGCACAUCUCGCCUGAUUGUUUUAUUGACUUCUGCUCAUCUUAUUACUUUGAAGGCAACUUCAAGACAAACACGAUGGAUACCAUUUCAGUCACAGGGAUGCCUUUGAGUUCCUUGCCCGAUCUCAGAAAUGCCACCUCAAUGCCUUUGAAUGAAACUGCCUGUGAACACUGGAGAGAAAUCCACCAUCUGGUUUUUCAUAUGGCCAAUAUCUGCUUUGCAGUUGGAUUGGUUAUUCCAACCACUUAUCAUCUCCAUAUGAUUGUCCUACGAGCCUUGCUAACAAUAGGUUGUGCACUUUUUAUCAUCUGGGCCACACUUUUCCGCUGCGCCCUGGACAUAAUGAUCUGGAAUAUAGCAUUCCUUGUUGUUAACCUUCUGCAUUUAUUAUACUUGCUAUAUAAGAGAAGACCGAUAAAGAUAGACAAAGAGCUCAGCAGUCUCUAUAAGAGAAUGUUUGAACCGCUCCAUGUGCCUCCAGAGCUGUUCCAAAGGCUGACAGGUCAAUUCUGCAAUAUUCAGACCCUGAAAACAGGUCAAGCAUAUGCGUCAGAGGACAAAACAUCAGUGGAUGAUCGAUUAAGUAUUCUGCUAAAAGGAAAAAUGAAGGUCUCCUAUCGAGGGCAUUUCCUGCAUAAUAUUUACCCCUGUGCCUUUAUAGAUUCUCCUGAAUAUCGUUCAACUCAGAUGAAUCGGGGUGAGAAAUUCCAGGUCUCCAUUACUGCUGAUGAUAACUGCAAGUUCUUAUGCUGGUCUAGAGAAAGACUUGCAUAUUUUCUGGAAUCCGAGUCAUUUCUUUUUGAAAUAUUUAAGCAUCUCAUUGGAAAAGAUAUUACAAACAAGCUAUAUUCAUUAAAUGACCCAACCCUAAAUGAUAAGACAUCUCAAAAAAUAGAUCGGCAGCCCAGCCUGUGUUCACAGCUCUCUGUGAUGCAAAUGAGGAACAGCAUGGCUAGUUCAAGUGAUGGGGAAGAGGGCUUGCAGCAUUUUCUCCGUGGGACUUCCUCUGUCUGCUCUCUUCGUCAGCCAUCUCCUCAUUUAAGAACAUCACCUAAAAUGAAACCAAUUGAAGAAAGCGUGGAGGAUGAUGUCUUUGAGUUUCCAUCUGCUGUACCAUCUAAAUCUCACCAGUGACAACAGCGGACUGAAUUCUACUGAAUUGCACAAACGUGGUAGCGAUGGAAGACAUGUGGAUGAGAUUGUAAAAGUUAAUAUUAUGGUUGUGUGUUUUAUUUCACUUUAUAUUGCCACCAAAUGCCUACCUUAAGAAUGAUUAUAUAUUGAUCCUAACCAUAUUGUCUGAAAAUAGUGUUUUUUUGUUACAGCAUGGCUUAAAGCCAUUUUUGCAUCCCUCAUCUUUGUCAAUAGAGAGGGAAACUUCCUGUGUACACACACAAACACAUAUGCAGUCACCCACACAAGCACACACAGCAACAGAGGAGGCAUCCCAGACCUAACUCCCCCCCCCCCCCCCAGAAACAAACACUGCUCAUCAAUUCUGCAUCUUCAUCAGAAAUCUUGGAAACCCCAGGUUGCUGUUGCCCUUGUGUGCCUUCAGGUUGUUUCUGAUUUGUGGUGACCCUAAGGCAAACCAGUUUCAGGGUUUUCUUGGCUGGGUUUAUUCAGAGGGGGUUUGCUAUGGCCUUUCUCUUAGUCUGAGAUAAUGUGGCUUGGAGAAUCACCUAGUGGGUUUCCAUGGUUGAGCAAAGAUUCAAACCCUGGUCUCCCAGAGUCCUAGUCCAUCGUUCAAAGCAUUACAUUACACAACCCUUGACUCAUUAACACUGUGUACAGUGCAAUCCCCCAUAUCCUUAUGGGAUACAUUCCCAGACUUUCCAUGGCUAGCAGAAUUACGGAUUAUAAAUGACACCUGUUGAACUAACGUCUUCUGGCAGACGCAUGCAAUAUAAUUGCAUUGGAGGACUAGGACGUAUUUUACUAGGUGCAGUUAAAUGAAACCACAGAUACGGGUCCCAUGGAUAUGAUGAAAAUCCUGUUUUUUUGUUGUUGUUUUUUAACAUAAUAGUUUUUUAACAUAGUAAAGGAUAUAUGCAAGCACUAGGAGAAGAUGGUGUUAACUCCCAAGCCAGGAAAUAUAUGAGUGCCUCUUAUUGUUUGUUCUUUACCAUAGCAGUUCCACUAGUAAAUACCCAUAGCAGUGUUCUCUAAGCACGUGGAAGCUACCUUCUUAGAGGUAGAAGGCACGCAGUGUUCUGCAAGUUUUGCCAUGUUCUCCCUGCACAAUACAGGGUCUUCUCCUCCGCAGAUUUAUUAGAGUAUCUACAACCACAGCAAAUGGUUGUAUUGAGGCAAAAAUAAUAAUACACUAUUUAUAUUCUGCCCUUCUCCUCAAAGGGACUCAGAGCAGAUUACAGUAUAUAUAAGCAGACAAUGGCAAAUAUUCAAUGCCUUAUUUACAAUAAUAUACAGUGAGAAACACAACACGAAGGCAAAGACUUCUUUCAUUUCUGGCUUUGGAGGAGGUGCUCAUCUCUGGCUCUAGGAGGUGCUCUUCUCCAUUUUUUAAGCCGGGGAGCCUGCAUUGUUACCUCCUGGUCAUGUGGUGGCCAUGAUUGCUUAGAGCGUCUUUUUUUGCCUUUUCCCACCAAAGCGGUACCUAUUUAUCUACUCACAUUUGCAUGAUUUCAAACUGCAAGGUUGGCAAGAGCUAGGGCUAAUAGCGGGAGUUCACCUCAUCCUGUGGAUUCAAACUGCCAACCUUCAAGUCAGCAGUUCGGUAGCACAAGGGUUUAACCCAUUGCACCACUGUGGCCCAAUUCUAAUUGCAUUUAGAAUUGAAGUUUUAAACAGGAGAGAGAAAGGCCUUUUGUUUUAAAUUAUAUUGCAGUGAAACCAUAUGAAAUGCAAUGCAGUGCAAGUUAUAAAAUUUUAUUCUGGCUUUUUAACCCAUCAAAAUCAGCUUUGACUAAUAGAUUAUCCUGAUUUUUUUUAUUGGCUUUGCAACAUGCUCUGGCACAUUUCCCACAGUUGUAGGCCUGGCACUUUAAAAUAAAUAUGUUUAUUGAUAAUAGUGAAACAUGUUCUCUGGCUAAAUGGUGAUCAGAAGACGUGGUAUAGUGCCUUUUUAUUUUAGUUCCAUUCAUAAUACAUAUCUAGGGCAUAAUUUGAUGUACAGCAUUUCCAACUGAAGAGAAGCACUUUCAGUCCCAUUGGUUUAAACUGGAUUUUUUGUGUGUGUGCACUUAAGCAUAGCUCUCCUGAAAAGUGUGAGAGUUUAAAUGCUUAAUUUUCUCUACAUUUUAACAGCUGUUAUAGUAAUAUCUGGUGCUGCAAACAAAGCACCAACAUCAUCUUGUAUGGGGCUUGUACUGGCAAACACUUUAAUGGAAAGGCUAUAUCCUUGAGAAGAAAGAAUGUCUGUCAUUAGGAUGUCAGCAAAAAGAGAUACCACUACUUGAUGUGAAUAAGUAUAUUUUUUCAAUUCUACAUGUAUAGACCCUUUAAACUGAUAAUUGUGAAAUUUAGUAUUAAAAUUCUAAUUUCUGGAACAAUCUUAUAAGUACUUUUCUUCAUGUAAAGCAUCUCAAAUUGCAUCCUUUCCUGAUGUAAUUCUCUAUGGAAAGACUGCUCUCCUCUAUAGUCAGACAAAUAAUGUAAGAAUGAAUGUGGCUGAACUGGAUCGAUCAGAAUUGUUUCUAAGAGCAAUUCACCUCCAUAUUGUGUCACAUCUAUAGAGUCAAUCUGUUAAUAACUGGACUGUUUUGUUUUGUUUUUUUAAUGAGUGUAUGUAUGAGAAAGAUACAUUUAACUUUUCUGUACAAUACCAUUAUUAAAAUGUAUUGAACUCCU